UUGUCUUUCCAGCGGCUAGGGCAGGAGCGAGCGAGCUAGGAGCAAUGGGGCGCGCCAUCCGGGCACAGCGUAAGGGUCGCGGCUCCGUCUUCAAAUCUCACACGCACCACCGCAAGGGUCCGGCGCGGCUCCGGAAGCUCGAUUUCGCGGAGCGCAAUGGCUACAUCAAGGGUGUGGUGACUGACGUGAUCCACGAUUCUGGCCGUGGGGCGCCGCUGUGCAAGGUGACAUUCCGCCAUCCCUUCCGCUUCAAGCACCAGAAGGAGCUCAUGAUCGCUGCCGAGGGGAUCUACUCUGGGCAGUUCAUGUACUGCGGGAAGAAGGCUCAGCUCGCCAUUGGGAACAUUCUGCCGCUUAGAUCCGUGCCAGAGGGAGCUGUGGUGUGCAAUGUGGAGCACCGCGUCGGGGACAGGGGCGCCUUCGCCAGGGCCUCUGGAGACUACGCUAUCGUCGUCAGCCACAAUCCAGACAUGGGAACCUCCCGUAUCAAGCUCCCAUCCGGGGCCAAGAAGGUGGUUCCCAGUGGCUGCCGGGCGAUGAUCGGGCAAGUUGCGGGAGGUGGCCGGACUGAGAAGCCUCUGCUCAAGGCGGGCAACGCGUACCACAAGUUCCGCGUGAAGCGCAACAGCUGGCCCAAGGUUCGUGGUGUGGCUAUGAAUCCCGUGGAGCAUCCCCACGGAGGAGGUAACCACCAGCACAUCGGUCACGCCAGCACUGUCCGCCGCGACGCUCCUCCGGGGCAAAAGGUGGGUCUCAUUGCGGCCCGGAGGACUGGGCGUCUCCGUGGACAAGCCGCCAGUGCCGCGGCCAAGACCGAGAAGGCAUAGAGAUGAGCAAACAAGAAUCACAAAAAGAAAAACGCAAACCACGUUCGCGAACCAAGUCUUAUUUUCCUGGUUUUGUAGCCUUAUCAACUUUUUCUAAAUUGAGUUUUUGUACUAAGAAGCCAA